AUGGCUCGUCAUGGUAAAGGCCCAAAAACCAACAAGAAGAAGCUGGCUCCUGAGAAAGAAAGAUUUAUUCAAUGUUGCGCCGAUAUCACGUUAGAAUUAACAGAUUCUUUAACCUCAGGGACGACCAGAGAGAUAAACCUGAAUGGUUUGAUAACUAAAUAUUCAAAGAAGUAUAAACUGAAGCAGCAACCAAGGCUGACCGAUAUUAUCAACUCCAUUCCUGAUCAAUACAAGAAAUAUUUAUUGCCUAAAUUAAAGGCUAAGCCUGUCAGAACAGCAUCAGGUAUUGCGGUUGUGGCAGUUAUGUGUAAGCCACACCGUUGUCCCCAUAUUGCAUACACAGGUAAUAUCUGUGUUUAUUGUCCUGGUGGUCCAGAUUCCGAUUUUGAAUAUUCUACACAAUCUUAUACAGGGUAUGAGCCAACUUCAAUGCGUGCCAUCAGGGCUCGUUACGAUCCCUACGAACAAGCGCGCGGCAGAGUAGAACAAUUGAAACAAUUGGGCCACUCUAUUGACAAGGUCGAAUAUGUUCUUAUGGGUGGUACAUUUAUGUCUUUACCAAAGGAAUAUCGGGAAGAUUUUAUUGUCAAAUUGCAUAAUGCGCUUUCUGGGUUCAACGGUAAUGAUAUUGAUGAGGCCAUCCUUUAUUCGCAACAGAGUUUAACAAAGUGUGUGGGUAUAACCAUUGAAACUAGGCCUGAUUAUUGUACUCAAACACAUUUGGACGACAUGUUAAAGUACGGCUGUACUAGACUAGAAAUUGGUGUUCAGUCCUUAUACGAAGACGUUGCUCGUGAUACUAAUAGAGGGCAUACCGUUAGAUCUGUUUGUGAAACUUUUGCUGUGUCUAAAGAUGCUGGGUAUAAAGUUGUUUCUCACAUGAUGCCUGAUUUGCCAAAUGUUGGUAUGGAAAGAGAUAUUGAGCAAUUUAAGGAAUAUUUUGAGAAUCCAGACUUCAGAACUGAUGGGUUAAAAAUUUAUCCAACUCUAGUUAUCAGAGGUACAGGUCUAUAUGAACUUUGGAAAACCGGUAGAUAUAAGUCAUACAGUGCCAAUGCUUUAGUAGACUUAGUUGCUAGAAUUCUCGCGCUAGUGCCACCAUGGACAAGAAUCUACCGUGUCCAAAGAGAUAUUCCUAUGCCAUUAGUUACCUCUGGUGUAGACAAUGGUAACUUGAGAGAAUUGGCAUUAGCCAGAAUGAAGGAUUUGGGUACAACCUGUAGGGACGUCCGUACUAGGGAAGUUGGUAUUCAGGAGGUACAUCAUAAAGUUCAGCCCGACCAAGUUGAGCUAAUUAGAAGAGAUUACUUUGCAAAUGCCGGUUGGGAGACUUUUCUAUCGUAUGAAGAUCCAAAGAAAGAUAUCUUGAUCGGGUUACUCAGAUUAAGAAAAGCUUCAAAGAAAUAUACGUAUAGAAAGGAAUUUACUGCACAGAGGACUUCUAUCGUUAGAGAAUUGCACGUCUAUGGUUCUGUGGUUCCAUUACAUUCGAGGGAUCCACGUAAGUUUCAACAUCAAGGAUUCGGUACUCUAUUAAUGGAGGAGGCCGAAAGAAUUGCCAAAGAAGAGCAUGGUUCAGAAAAAAUUUCCGUUAUUUCUGGUGUUGGUGUAAGGAACUACUACGGCAAAUUAGGGUAUGAAUUAGACGGUCCAUAUAUGUCUAAGAGAAUUUAG